UGAUAUUAUUUAUAAUGGUGUUGUUACUCGUUUCUUUGUCUGUCAAACUUUGAGUUCCAUAUAACAAUCAUAAAGGUUUGUAACUUUUUACAAAAGGGUUAAAACAGCUAGGGUAAGCCUUGGACAAAAAAAUAUAAAAACAAGGAUAGCCUAGAACAAAGAGAUGAGAAGCAGAGUUAUUCAUAAGAUAUCAACUUCACAUAAUAAAAAGAGAUGGUCUCUGCAUUCAAGUUCCAAGUCACACAAGCAGCAAUUAGGAGAGGUGUUUAAACCCCAUAUUACCAUACGAAAGCGCGUCGGAAGUCUAUCCAGAGCCAGCCACAUAGUAUAAGAAUACUUAGGGAUAGAGACUUUGAACCACACAUUAGAGGUCCAUGGCUUCUCCUCCUCGCGUUGUCUAACAGACUCCCAUGUCUUCUUUGCCGAGAAAGAACUGAGCUCUUGAUCAUUUAUUCUCCAGCAGUAAGAAUCAUCAACAGAUCAAGUUCUGGUUCCAGAACAGACGUACUCAGCUUAAGGCUCAACAUGAGAGCAGAUAACAGUGUACUAAAAGCAGAGAACGACAAGAUUAGAUGCGUGAACAUUGCCAUCAGAGAAGCUCUCAAGCAUGCUAUAUGCCCAAACUGUGGUGGUCCUCCUGUUAGUGAAGAUCCUUAUUUAGAUGAGCAAAAGCUUCGCAUGGAAAACGCACAUCUCAGAGAAGAGCUUGAAAGAAUGUCCACGGUUGCAUCAAAGUUCAUGGGAAGACCAAUCUCUUCUCACAUCUCAACGCUACAUCCAAUGCACAUCUCCCCGUUGGAUCUGUCAAUGACUAGCUUAACUGGUCCUUCACUGGAUUUCGAUCUUCUUCCAGGAAGCUCUAUGUCUAGUAACUUUGCUAUAUCUGACAUGGAUAAGCCUAUUAUGAACGACAUUGCUUUGACUGCUAUGCAAGAAUUGCUCAGGCUUGUUCACACAAACGAGCCUCUGUGGAACAGAGCAGAUGGGUGCAGAGACGUUCUCAAUCUUGGAAGCUAUGAGAAUGUUUUCCCAAGGUCAAGUAACCGAGGGAAGAACCAUAACCAUAGAAUCGAGGCGUCUAGGUCCUCUGCUAUGAGAAUUUCAAUUGAAACCAAAGAGUUUUUGAGAAUACUAGGGCUAGUUGCAAUACUUCGAGAGACAUAUUUUAUGAAGCAAGUUUUCAUAAAUCAAUGAUCUAAUAACUAC